CAGCACAGCAACCCAUAAUGUAACUUGACGUAAUUUGUGGUUUUGUUACAAAGUUUUAAAAUGGCAGUUACGGAGGGGAACUCUCCGUUCUUAAGACAGUGCUUCGUAACUGCCACGGUUGGCUUCAAUAUAAUCGCAUUCGGGUGUGUGAUCGGAUUUCCGGCGAUUUUGCUGCCUCAGCUAGAUAUUGAGGGAUCUAGUCUACGGCUUACGAAAGAGGAGGAGUCAUGGAUUGCGUCAAUGCUUCCACUGAGUGUGCUAGCAGGCAAUUUAAUCACACCCCCAAUCAUGGACCGCUUGGGACGCAAAAUGACGCACUACGCUCUGACGCUGAUGUCGCUGGUGGGAUGGUACGUCACUAUUAUGGCUACCAACUUUGAGGCUCUAGUCAUUGGCAGGAUCUGUCAAGGUCUAGCAGCAGGCCUACUCACCACAUUGCGGUCCGUCCUCAUCGGGGAAUACACCAGCCCUAAGAACAGAGGAGCAUUCCUCACCACUGUAUCAUUAAGUCAAACAUUUGGCGUAUUUUUGGUCCAUCUUCUGGGAUCCUUUCUGAGUUGGCAAAAGACUGCUUUAAUUUGCGUAUUCCUUCCUUUCAUAAGUCUUGUGAUGGUUAUCUAUACACCGGAGUCGCCCAGUUGGUUACUCACUAAAGGAAAAUAUACGGAAUGUAAAGAAAACUUCCGAUGGCUGAGAGGUUAUGGCGAAGAAGAAGAGCUAUCAGACAUGGUGCAAGCUAGAAUAGCGUAUGAAAAAGCAGAAAUCAAGGAGUCUUACGUUAAGCAAAAUUGGUUUAGAAAUCUGGCAACGAUAACAAGAAAAAGGGAGUUCUAUAAACCUAUAAUAAUAAUGGUCAUGAGUAACAUAUUAAUGCACGUUUCUGGAGCGUCAACUUUUGCUCCGUACGCGACAAUGAUUCUAGGUUUGUUGAUGGGACCUAACGCGAAUGCUUAUUUCUGGAUGGUCUUCUUAGAUUCACUUCGACUUGUAUCCAAUACUUUUGCGGUUUAUGUAAUAAAUAGGCUAAGGAGAAGAACUAUGGUUCUCGCUACAGGAGCGCUAUCUCUAGUAAGUCACAUAGCGUUAGCUUGCUACGUUUACUUGAAACAAAAUGGGUGGAACUAUGAAGCGAUAUGGCUACCUGCUUUAUUAAUCAAUCUUCAGUUCUUAGCCGUCGGAAUGGGCAUGGUGCCAAUGCCUCAAGUUAUCGGGGGGGAAAUUUUUCCAUUGGAAUACAGGAGUACUGGCGGAACAAUCAGCAUGGCCAUAGGAGGAGGCAUUAUGUUUGUGGCGCUAAAAACUUUUCCGGGCUUGAUUGAGAAAACUGGUCUUUACGGCACAUAUGGACUGUACGCUGUGAUAAUAUCAGUAAAUCUGAUUGCAAUGAUGUUGUGGCUGCCGGAGACGAAAGGGAAAACUCUUCAGCAGAUUGAGGAUGAGCUUCGUGGCAGACCUUUAAAAGUCGAAGAGAUAAUGGCAAGGGAGUCAUUACAGUCCAAUCCUUUAGAAAUUUACAAGAGAAAGUUGUCUGCUAGAAGAUGUAGUAGCCCCACGAUUGCAUAAAGAAAAGUUUUACCAAAAGACCUUCUGUUAGAGGAAAUUUGUACUUUUAAAUGAAAUGAACAUUGUUGUUUUCUCACAAUAGGUUUAGAAAGUAGGUGCUAAAGAAAACUAGUCGAACAUGUUUUUCUAUAAUUCUCUAUAUUAUUUGGUACACAAUGUGGUCGCGAUGUCCAACCGUACACGGUGAAUUUGGCGCUCGUACACAAUUAAAUACAUUACUAGAACCACAAGAUGUCGCCGCGGCUCACCGGUACAUUUGCACAACCGACAGUUCGAUCCUAGCUCCCUAUUGCAUCCAAAACCUUACCACGGUGAUCUUAAGAGUUCUUGACUGCAAUCUUUUUAAUUUAAGAUUAAAAUAUCGGUAAUCAUUGAGAACUUUGCGAAACACUAUACAGUUGUACAAAUUACCAUUAUUGCCACAGGCUUUGUUAUGUUCACGUUUGCUUUGAAAGCCUUGGUAUUAGUGUGUUCCACGCGUGGAUAAGUUUUGAAUGUGAUGAAGAAUUAGGCAACUUAACUAACUGUACAGACAUUCAUAUCGUCGGAAUAUUAACAUCAGAUCAAAACAACAUUGAGACAACGGUGUUGAAUUUUAUUAUAACAGACGUCCCGAUUUGGUUGGUCCUUACAACCGACCUUCUGAAAUCAGCAUUUUGAUUCUCACCGACAUUCAAAGUAUAAUGUAGUCAGUCCCACGCCAUUUUAAUUCGCAAGUCUGUAUUACUUGUUUUAAGUUUUUCGUUACUUUAAGGUAGAAAAUAUUUUUUUAAAAUACAAAAAUAAAUAAACAUAAGUACUUACAGAAAUGAAAAAAAAUCUCAUUAUAUUUAGGUGCAAAUAUAUUAUUAACAAAAUCGCUUUUUUUAUUUUUACAACAUACUUUACGCUAUUGAGAAGGCUUCACAGCGGUAUCCAACUUGCGUUAUUAGCGCUGUUUCUUUGCGACUUGAAGGUUGCUUGCAAGCCAAUCUCUAGACUGUUACUUGAAAACGCUUUUUAUUAUUGGUUAAACGCCGAACGGUUCGGCCUCGACUUAAAAUUAUCGGAAAAAUCGCCUUCCUUUGGUA